GCUAUUCUCGUACCACUACCAGCACCACCUCCAAUGGACUGGCGUGCAGCCCCAAUGCACCUCCCCAUCCCGCGAACACCGCCCCCCGCGAUUUCACCCGCCCAACUGGGCACACCUGCCGCGGACUGGGCGGAGAACACGACGGCCAUUUUGGGCGGCACACGAGAGGCGCUGCCCCAGUGUGCGACGCCGGACCCGCAAUUCCCUGGCGCGUAUCCGGGCGAUGGGGAGGACGACGCGAGGGACGAGACGGGCGAGAUGCUCAGGGAGGCGGCGAGGGCGCUGCUUCCCGUUGGGCUCGCGGAAUAUCUCGGCGUUAGCGAGGAACCCGCAGCGAAACCAGAACCCGCUGAGCUGCAGGCGUCCGCAUCACAAACGUUCGACACUCCUCUCCCCACGCCCGACGUGCUCUCUCCUUUGCUUCCCCCAGCGCCGGCUCCGAGUCGGCAGCAGACGUCCGCGUCGGUCAUUACCACGGCCUCCUCGCCAUCGGCCGUGGGCGGGAUGUACAGCGAAGCGUCUUCGAUGUUCUCCUCGUCCGGAACGCUGAGUGUCGAUGAGGGAUACGCGUUGCUCGGUUCGACGUCUACCCUAGCCACCUCGCAAGCCGAACAGAACGGUGAUAGGCCGUUGCAGGGCGGAGACGAUCGUCUUGGUGUCGGCGGCGUCGACGACUUCCAUGGCGGCCCCGUUCCGAUCGGCAGUGCGCCAUUUACGCCCAUCCCACCCGUCGAGCACGAGGGACAGUACUUCCCGCUGACUGUCUCGCCCGAGUCGGUAACGACCGUGACACCCGCUGUGUCAGGGGAUAGGGCGACCGAACAUGAGCACGGCGGAUCCACAAACCAGGCUGUGUUCACCAAGCACGACGGUGUACAAGUCAGCCCGCCUGAUGCAUCGCACACUGUCCUGCUCAACGAGGCUGAGGAGAAGGAAUUGGACUCGGUGACGGCCCUCAACGAAGAGAAGAUGGGCCAAGAUAUGAAUGCGGAUGCGCUAUCUCCGCUUAUUCCGGUGCCAUCCGUUUCCAGGAAGGGAGUCGAUACCACCGCCGCGGAGCAAGAUGCGCCAGGCCCAGAGGUGGAGGAUGGCCGAGACGAGAUGGAGGGAAGUCCGGGUGCGCAUCGGAAAAUUACUAAGCGCCGUUCGCGGUUCGUGGAGAAAAUGAAGGUUCUCGGGGAGAAGAUACAGCUGGGAAGUCAUUGAGAGAGCUGGGGUUGGCUGGACGGGGAUCGCGGCUGGAAUGACGCUCGGGAUAGGAAGAUGCCACUUGUAGAAUUAGCCCGGAGGCAGAGCACGUACUUGUUGGCUCAUUGCAAAUGCAUUCCAUUAGCCUCGUUUGAUCACAAUGGGGCCACCUGGAGUGUGAUGUCAUCAACAAUUAUGAAAACUAAGGCCUGACCAAAGGUCAUACGCCCAUUCUAAUACAGUCGAAUGCGGCACCAAUGAUGCAUUUUUGCGUGCGUGGUAGUAGUGUCUAGUGUCUGUCCCAGAUGACCGUGUUCUUUUUUUGGAUCCUAAGUUUGAGCGGGUGAAUUGUCAAUGGCUGGUAGGGCGAGAAGCGGACUGAUGAUUGAAGACGGCGAUCAAAAAGGGCCUGACCGGGAAUUGAACCCGGGACCUCCUCGAAAUAGUGCCAUACAGCCCUAACAAGGAAUCAUACUACUAGACCAUCAGGCCGAUGGCUGUUCUCUCUGAUGCACAGAUCUCAUCCGACCUAAAAUCUUUUCAAGAUGCGGGCAAUAUGCUGAUUUGAAUCUCAUUCAGCAAAAUCUACACAUGAAAUAUAUAUAUACACGAGAAGACAGAUUUUCACGAGUGACUAAAGAGUGGAGAAGAAAUAGUGCAGCACGAGCGGAGCAAGACUGAGCAAACAAGCCCAAAAGCUCCAUUUACCAUGAGCGAAAGGUUUAUUAUGGCGUCACACGUGAUCGCGAACAAAUAACCAAGUGAAGUGUUGGGGAAAAUGGGUCGAGGGGGUCGAUUAGGUAAUGAUAGAGUAGUUUGCAAUAGCAAUGAGGAAUAAACUUGGAUUGCUU